AUAUAAUGGCAGCAGAAGCUGUUCUAGGAGCUGCUGUAAAAGUUCUACUUCAAAAUCUGAUCUCAGUUUCGGGAGAGCAAAUCAGCCUCGUUCGAGAUUUCAAGAAACACUUUGAAAAGCUAAAAGGUUCAAUUUCCAUGAUACAAAGCUUCUUGAACGAUGCGGAGAAGAAGCAAGUCACCGAUGAAAGUGUCAAACUCUGGUUAAAGAAGCUCGAACGUGUGGCUUUCGAUGCCGAUAAUGCCUUGGAUGAGCUCAACUAUCAACUUCUCUCCAAGAAUAUUCUGACCGAAAACACAAUGAACACAAAGGUACGAGGUUUCUUCCCACACUACAUUCAUCGUCUAGAAAUGGCACGUAAAAUCAAAGACAUCAUCAAGAAUUUGGAAGAGAUCAACCACGAGGCUUGCAUCUACGGCCUUCAAAAGGCGGUGGUGGGUGCAAAUGCUCCUGCUGAUGGAUCAAGCCGCCAAUCUGCUGCCAGAGAAACUGAUUCAUUCAGUAUUGAUCUAAUUUUUCUUGCAAGACAAAACGAAGUGUCUGAAAUAGUGAAGAUAAUGACUACUCUUCCAAAUGAUCAUUCGGUAUUCUCUAUCCUUCCCAUUGUAGGGAUGGGAGGGCUCGGAAAGUCAACCGUAGCCAGACAAGUAUUUAAUCACGAAGAGAUAAAGACUCAUUUUGCUAAGCGUUUUUGGGUGCAUGUUUCUGAAAGUUUUGAUGACGCGAUUCUUUUCAAAAAAAUUCUUACAUCUUUAACAAAAACAAACGCCGAACUUGGAAAUAGACAAGCUCUUCUAGAAAAUCUUCAGAGAGAUUUGGGAAAUGAGAGAUUUCUACUUGUUCUCGACGAUGUUUGGAAUGACAAUCAUGAAAAAUGGGAUGAAUUUAUUGUUCCUUAACAAGAAUUAGUUCUGCUACGGGAA